ACGCCUUGGACGGGAUAGCGGUCUUUGGCGUAGACUCGGGCGAGGAGCGAGGUGCAGGAGGGGAGGUCGCUUGGUUGGCGGGGGCGGAUGGUGAUGCUGGUUGGAGGGGACAUUUUUGGAGUAGCCAGAAAGUCAAUACCUCUCCGUCACCAUCUCCGCCUAGUCAUCAUCGACUUUCUAACCCACAAGAGCUUCAGCGUGAUGCCGACUCUCCUGCGGUCGGUGUACUUGGGGAAGGAGGUGAGCAUGCCUUCGAAUUCGUUUUCCAGGUCGUGGGCCAUGCUCUCGGGACCUUCGGGGCUGGCAUUGGUGGGGAUGAACCACUGUUUGCAAGUCACGGGUCAGAUGUCAGAGGUUCUUGGGUAGAGAAAAGGAAAGGAAAGGAAAGGACAACUCACCUCCGCGUCAAACUCCUGAACGCUGUCGUGUCCAGACUCCUCCUUGAACCUGAAAGUAAUCAAGUCAUCGGGGUUGUUCUUCUUGGGACCGUACUUGCCGUCCACAUCCGUAACACCGAACGUGGGCUUGGUGUAGACGGCCUUCUUGACGGCGGCCUCGAGCUGGUCGACGGUGAUGUUCCAGUUGCGGCCGCGCACGAAGUAGUGGUCCCUCUUGCCGGAGAGCUGGAAGCGGUAGUAGCACGUGCCGGUCGGCAUGCCGAUCAUGAGCUCGUUCAUGGGAUCGGGGGUGAGGUCGGAUGUUGGGAGGACGGAUGGUCGCUCUGUUGCCUUGGUCGUGCUGCUUUGCACUUCCGCUUCAGGAGAGGUAGGGUGCGCAUUAUCCAACUGCGUGGUUGGUGCCGUUUUGGUGGGCGCAGAGACAGCGCUGGUGGGAAGAUUAUGGCCGAUGACGGGGCCUUUGAUCGG